UAAAGCAAAGGGGAUAAUGAUCGGAGACUGGGUGUGUGGGGAUGUGGAUUCCCCCACACCUGCUGACGCGGACUUAAGCGGACUUAAGUGGACACACAUCUAAUAUUUGACAUCAUGAGCUGUUCUGCAACGGAUAUAAUUGAGUUUUCCCAUACACCAAAACUCGUUGUUUCCAUCUUCAAACUCCCCAAUCAGACAAGAUGCCCUCCAGCAACUACAACUACAACAAACUCGCGGGCAAGCAUGUCCUGAUCUUCGGAGGCACCUCCGGCAUAGGCCUGGGAGUGGCCAAACUCUCACUAGCCGCAUCAGCCAGAGUCACCGUGUCUUCAUCCUCGAGCAAACGCAUUGAAACCACCAUUCAAGAUCUCAAGACAGAAUUUCCAAGUGCCCAAGUCCAAGGACACGUAUGCGAUCUUUCCAAAGACACUGUCGAAGAAGACCUCGAGGCGCUCUUCCAAAAAACCAACCAAGUUGACCACAUUGUGUUCACCGCGACGGAUGCGCCAGCCAUCAUGCCCGUGCAGGAAAUUACUCGGGAGAAGCUCAUCGCUGCCGGUCAAGUGCGCUUCUUCGCGGCUGUACUCGUUGCCAAGAUCGGCUCUCGAUACCUCUCCCCGGGUCCCGAGUCAUCAAUUACCUUGACGACAGGAACCAAUUGGGAACGCCCGAUGGCCGGUUGGACGGCGGUAGCUGGAUACUUGGGUGGUACCUGCAGUGUUGCACGUAAUCUGGCGGUAGAUUUGAAGCCGAUACGUGUGAACGCUGUGAGUCCCGGACUGGUGAAAACUCCGCUAUGGAACGAUCUGAUGAAUGAGGAGGAGCAAGACAAUUUAUGCCAAUUUGCUGCAGCGAAGAAUCCGACGGGAAGGAUUGGUCUACCGGAAGAAGUGGCAGAGGCUUAUAUUUAUCUGAUGAAGGAUGUGAACGUUACUGGACGGAUUGUUAGUUCGGAUUCGGGUGCUUUGCUUGUGUGAGGGCAUCGGUAGCAUUGCCUUAGAAAAUUAGAGAAACCAAUUGUUUGGACAUGGAGUUCCACGGCUUGCUUCGGAGUUUAUUGCAGACAUAUCG